AUGACGAGGUUUAUGGUGUAUCUUCUCGUCUCUUUUACUUGCUAUUUUGCUCUUUUAUUUCUUCUCUUCUCUACUCUUGUAGACAGCAGCAGCCCUGUCUCAGAGCCCCCAGAGCUGCUCUGGAGUGGAUCCCCUUUCAUUUCUUCUCCUGUUGCUGCUGUUGCUGCUGAUGAGGAGGAGGAGGAAGUAGGUGUUGAUGCUAGGUCUGAAGACGACGGUGCAGCAGCAGAAACUGCAGCAGCAAGCAGCAGCAGCAGCAGCAGUUGGGUUGAGUCUACAGGUUCUUAUGUCUCACCUCCCGGAGCAGCAGCAGGAGCAGGAGCAGGAACAGCAGCAAGAGGAGGAGGAGCAGCAGAGGAGGAUUUAUCAGCAGGUUGUUUAUCUGCAGCAGCAGCAGCAGCUGCUGCUGCAGCUGAGCGCAGCACAAGCAGCGGGGAUCUACGACGCAUGUGUUUGCUCGCAGCAGAGCAUCUAAAUGCAUUAUAUCAACGGAUUAACACAGAGUAUGUUGUGCUUUCACCUUUAUCUGCUUCAGAACUAGCAGCAGCAAUAGAUCAAAACUUAGCAGCAAUCCUUGAAGAAGAAGAUGAUAUUGCCGACAGAGUUAUACGGAGACAGCUGCCUCUUGGUUCUUUACCGGUGAAGACAUUAAAAGAAGCAAUAAAACAAAAGUUAUUAGAGAGAAACAAACUAAAGAAAAGAAAUAUUACUACACUACCAGGGCUGCUAGGCGUUCAGCUGCAGCACGGGAAGCUGCUGCCUCUAGCAGAUGCUGUAAAUGCACUAGCAAAUUUGUGUGAUUUGCUGUUAGGACAAUCGCUAGGUUUAUCUCCUUUAACAGAGACAGAGAAGCAGCAGCUAGCUGAAGAGAUUGAGGAGAGGUUUGCUAUGCCUGCUGCAGCACUUAGCGAUGCAGCAGCAGCAGCAACAACAACAGCAGCAGCAACAGCAGCAGCAACAGCAGCAUAUGAAGAAAUGGUUCUUGAAGCAGCAGCAAGAACAGUAAUGGAUGUAGCAGGAAAGCCCUCACGAGCUGCUUCUCUUUCGCAUGCAUUUAGUAGAGCUGCUGCACCUUUGUUUACAGUUUUUGCUGACUCUCUGUCUCCUGUCUCUCUUGAUGCAUGCAUAACAUUAGUUAAAGGUUUAUUUCCUUCGCUUCAAGCUCAUAUGACUACUCACUAUCGCAUGCAAUCACCAACAAAGCAGCAAGAGAGACAUAUGGGUUUGCUGCUGCUGCCGCUGCUCAAUGCUCAUCGCAGCAGACUUCGCACCAGCGCAGCAACAGGAGCAGCAACAUUAGCAGCAGAAGAGCAUACACUCAUUUGGACGUUUCUUGAAGUCUAUGCAAGAGAGCAUCAACUCGUAGCGGAGGCAGUUCCUGCUGCUGCAGGUGCUGCUGCUGUUCCUGCAGCAGAGGCAGUUCCUGCUGCUGCAGGUGCUGCGGCAGAGGCAGAUCCUGCUGCUGUGGUUGCUGCAGCAGAGGCAGUUGCUGCUGCUGCAGUUGCUGCAGCAGAGGCAGUUGCUGCUGCUCCAAUUGCUGCUGCUGCAGCGGCAAUAGAGGAACGAGUGGGAGCAGCAAAGAGACUGAAAUACUGUGGAGAGCGUGCUGCUGCUCCUGCUGCUGCUGCAGCAACUGCUGCAGCAGCUGCUGCUGCAGUUCUGGAUAUAGACGAAUCGGCAGGAGCAGCAAAUGACAUCGAAUGA